AUGCCAAAGCGCAAGUCAGCAGAUCUAAGCCUUCUCACCAUUCCGGAAAAGAUCGUCGAACUAUCGGUCUGGUUCGAGGGUCUAACGCCCUCCUUCAACUUUGACGUGCCCGAGAAAGUCAUGAUGGCCUUUACGUUUCGCAGAUGGGCGACACACUUCCGUACGUUAAGGCACGCGGACUGGCUAAAGCACAAUGUCUUGCCAAAGGCAAGAGAACUUGCACCCAAGAUACCUGAAGAGGACGCGAUGACCAUCAAGCGGCUGCUCGAAGAAAUUAAACAAGAAGUUCUGGAAGCAAGUGCACGUGACGACGAGAACGCCCAGAAAAUUCUUCGACGAACUCCGGAAGAAGGACUUUUGGGAUCUGAGUAUCCCUGUGAACAAUAUCAGAGAGCAGAAGGAACUCCUCGAAGAACCGCACCCAGCUUCAUUCAUGGGUGGCGACCCUUGCCCAAUCCCAAAGAAGUUCCAAGAGCUGUGCGAGGCACUUGCGCCACCGGCUCCCAAGACGGCUCUGUCGUCUCCCGCCUCCUUCAAUCCCCUUCCUUCUACCGCCUCCGUGCCCUCACCCGCUCCCCCACCAGUCCCACUUCCCAGUCCUUCUCCUCCCAGGGCGUCGAAGUCGUCUCCGCCGACGUCAACGACCCCUCAACCCUUGGUCCGGCCUUCGCCAACGCCUACGCCAUCUUCGCCGUCACCGCUUACUGCCCCUCCUUCCCCACUCUCGGCCGACACGGCGCUGGCGAGGAGGAACUGCAGCAGUGGAAGAACAUAGCUACUGCUGCAAACAAAGUGGAGGGCGGGUACAUCGUCCCGCUCCCCGGUAACCCCGAUACCUUGCUUCCCUACACUGGCGACCUGCACCAUAGAGGUAAUAUCGGCGUCGUCGUCGAAGCAAUCAUCAACAGCGGUCCCAAAGCGUACGGAAAGAUUGCUGUUCGGGCUACGGACUACGUGACCUGGGCAGAGGGAUAUAAGGCCAUCGAGAAGCUAUUCCCUAAGAAGAGGAUCGCGUUCAGCAAGAUUGAACAUAAUCAGUUCAUCAAGCUCUGGGGAGAGUGGGGGGUUGAGAUUGCUGAUCAGAUGGCUUGGAAUGACGAGUUUACCGACUGGAAGGGAUUGGCUGGCGAGAGAUUCCUGGGAUUUGAAGAGUUAGGGAUCAAGGAGGGGGAUCUUGUUGGAUUUCAUACGGCGCUGGAGGGAUUGAAGGAGAAACUGUUCUGAGAGCAUGACGCCAGCUCAUCCAUAGUUUUACGUACCGCAGGAUGGUGGUCUAGAAUGAGUGGCCAAGUUUCUGUGAGUGUCAGUGAAUGAGGCGGAUAAAAAGAGGACAUCCCUGGCCGAUAUAUUGUAUGUUGGUCUUCCAACUUCUAUAAUCUUCACGUUCUCUGCGUGGUUCAUGAUCACCUACCUCUAUUGUAAACCUAGCUAAAGAAGAAGAGUAGCCGUCGGACGAAAGUCCCUAUGUUAUAUUGCGUUGAACGACCGCAGAUGCCACUGCAGGAUGCCUCGGGUUUGAGCAGGUCCGAGACCGUCAGGAUCUUGGGCAUCACCUCAGAAUCCAUUAAUUACCAUCUAAAAUAUUCCAGCAACCCGUCCGGGAGUCCGGGUGCGCAACCCUGGUACCUGCCCUAGCAUUGAGGAUCGGGUGGACACGGGGAGGGAGCCCCGAGU